UCGAAGCGUCGGCACAUCUCAUCACUACUUCUCUCCUUCCCGGUGAAACAAGCGGACGUUAAAAUGCGACUUGUCGGGGCGGAGAUCUCGGUUCUGUCUCUCCUGAUGAUGAGCCUUCACGGCGCUGCAGCACUGACUCACUCUCUGAAGUUUUUCCUCACUGCGUCCUCUGGACUCCCAAACUUCCCAGAGUUUGUGGUUGUUGGGCUGCUGGAUGAAGUUGAGGUUGUUCACUAUGACAGUGACACCAGGAGAGCAGAACCCAGACAGGACUGGAUGAGCAGAGUCACAGAGGAUGAUCCUCAGUACUGGAAGAGAAACACUGAGAUCAAUAUGGACACCCAGCAGGACUUCAAAGCCAACAUUGAAAUAGCAAAACAAAGCUUCAACCAAACUGGAGGUGUCCACAUUGUCCAGAGGAUGAUCGGCUGUGAAUGGUAUGAUGAGACCAAUGAGGUCAAUGGUUAUGAUCAGUAUGGUUAUGAUGGAGAAGACUUCAUAUCAUUUGACCUGCAGACAGAGCAAUGGAUCGCUGCAAAACAGGAGGCUUCCAUCAUCAAACAGAAGUGGAAUCAGAACAGAGCUCUGAUAGCAGGGAAGAAGAACUUCCUGACUCAUGAGUGUCCUGAGGGGCUGAAGAAGUUCUUGAGCUACGGGAGGAGCUCUCUGAUGAGAACCGAGCGUCCCUCGGUAUUUCUCCUCCAGAAGACUCCCUCCUCUCCAGUCAGCUGCCACGCUACAGGUUUCUACCCCGACAGAGCCGCCCUCUUCUGGAGGAAAGAUGGAGAGGAGCUCCAUGAGGACGUGGACCUCGGAGAGAUCCUCCCCAACCACGACGGGACCUUCCAGAUGAGGGUUGACCUGAAACUGUCCUCCGUCCCUGCUGAAGACUGGAGGAGGUACGACUGUGUGUUCCAGCUGUCUGGUGUGGACGAGGACAUCGUCACCAAACUGGACAAGACCAGGACCAACACGGGUAGGUCUGAGACCCGGAGCGGUGAAGGAGGGAAGCAAACAUCCACUUUGUCCACUUUGUGUGUUUUAGAUUUGGGAAGUUUUGUUUUCUUACAUUUCUAGUCU